GCCAUGGUCGGGAUCGCUGCGGUAACGUUACUACUGGCGACGGCAGCGAUGGCGCUCGAGCCCAUCGUGAUCAAAGGUCAGCGGCUCUUCGGCGCCGUCUCGGGCGCGCCGUUCAUUGUCGAAGGCAUCAACUACUACCCGCGGCCCAACGCCGGCAUCAACGACAAGAACAGCGUCGACUUUUUCACCGACGACCAGAGUGCAAUGUGGCUGCCGCACGUGGCCGCGUUCGAAGCCCUUAACGUCAACGUCGUGCGCCUCUACUCGGUGGACCCGACCAAGCCCCACGACAAGUUUAUGUGCGCGCUCGCUUCGGCCGGCAUCUACGUCAUGAUUGAGCUCGCGUCGAGCUGUCCAGGCUGCGAGAUCACGUCCGAAGCCUACCCCGCGUGUUACCCGCCGUCGCUCAAGACACGCGGGCAACAAAUCAUCGCCGCGUUCUCCAAGUACAACAAUGUCCUUGGGUUUAGCGCUGGCAACGAAGUCAACCACCGCACCAAAGACAUCAAGUCGAACGCGCCGUGUCAAAAGAAGUUUAUUCGCGACAUGCGCGCGUUCACGACCGCCUGCCGGGGCUCGAUGCGGCAAGUGCCCAUCGGUAUUGCCGUCGCCGACGCCGAACGCUCGGCCAACGCACUGUACUACAGUUGCCGCACCGACCCGGCCGACCCACUCGAAGACAUCGAAUGGUAUGGCCUCAACGUCUACUUGCAGUGCGACCCGAAAGCAACUACGGCCGUCGAAGGCCCCGGAUACAAUGAGCUCAAGACGCAGCUCAACUCGUACAAGAUGGUGGCGCCUGUGAUUUUGACGGAAUUUGGCUGCUUGAACAAGGGUUUCCCGACCAUCGACGGGUACGCGGCCCAGCGCACGUGGGUUCAAGUCCCGUGGAUUCGCAAGGACCCCGAUGUCCUGGCUGGCGGCGUCGCAUUCGAGUUUUCGACCGAGAACGCCAACUCGAUGGCCGACGCGCCAUACCCGUUCACGUCGUACGGCGCACAGAACUACGGGCUCGGGUACUUUUCCCCAGCCACGUGCAACCACGGCAGUGUGCCCUGCGUCUACAACGAGAUGCCCAACUUUAAGAGUCUGGCGCAGCAAUACGCGUCGCGCGCCCGCUCGAUCAACGGACUCCCUUCCAAGGAUCAGUACACGGCGCUUCGGACGCAGCCGCCAGCAUGUCCGACGGGCUUUGCUGCUCUCAAGACGAUCACGUGGGCUCCGGACGCCGCACCGAACCUCCAGUGCCCCAACUACACGCAGGUGGCUGCGUGCCCCGGCGAGAGCCCCGGCGUCGGACAUCUCGAUGGAAGUUUGAACAGCACCAUCACGCCGGUCCCGUCGAUUCUCCCGACGACGGCCCUGGCUUCUACAGCGCCCGCACCUGCAACCCCGGUGCCGGCCGGAAGCGCUGCCACUAGCUGUGUUGUCUCUCUGUCGCUCGUGCUGCUUGUUGCGAUGGCGCUCGUUGCGUAAGGAAACGAUGCUUUGAUAUAGUACAAAAUACUCUACUUCGU